GUGAAGAAGUACUUCGAGGUAUGGAACAAGCACGACAAGGAAGGAGUUGGCAAGAUGUUUGCUGAUGAUGGAUCUCUCCGAGACUGGGAGGUUGAGGUCAAGGGAGCCCAGAAUGUUGCUGAUGCGAACGGAAAGAUCUUCCAGAGUGCUCCUGGCAUUCAGAUCGAAGUUCUCAAGAUUCACUACUCAGCUGCCACUUCAACGGCAUCGGCUGAGAUCCUUGUUCAUGUCAACGAUGCCGAUAAGACUGUUUUGAAAGUCGUUGAUGUGAUCGAAUAUAAUGACGCUGGCUUGAUUUCGAGUUUGCGGGCAUAUAAG